UGACUGGGACGCGCUGUCGGCUGCUCGAGCUCUGCUCAUCACGCCCACGGCCCAGCUCUUAUCCCUUAUCAAUGUUAUCGAAAAUCAACGAUAAUGACACGUUUUGUCGAUAGUGUCCACCGUUCGAACCCAUUGCGACCUUGAUUAUAUUUGAAUAUACAAAAAAGUGCAUCGUGUUGCGCGGUGAUUAAGAGUGUUUUACGGUUUUAUGUACUAAAGUGUAGGAUAAUGUGUGGGCUGUGAUUAUAGAGCGUCAACGCGGUGUAUGUGGGUGUUUUAUAGCUAAAGAACAGCUACCCGAUUGGCCCAACAUGGAUAGGACAAUGUAUGGCAAGGUGCUGCCCGGCACUUAUUAUCCGUUCCGCUGCGCGAUGAAGGAGAACGGAAUAUCGCCCGGCUAUGCCCUGCUCGCCGACCUUCAGAACUCGAUCAACCCUGGCGCUCGCGUCGGAAGCCCGGGUGGCAGGACGUCCUCCCCCGGUGGUCGGACCAACUCCCCUGGUAGGACCAGUUCUCCGAUCGGCAGGGGAGUUUCGCCAGGGAGGCUGAGUUCACCUGGCGGUAGUCUGAGCUCACCUACAUCAACAGGCUACGGCUCUAUCAAUGGAUCCAGGAAUAUUACCUCGGAUUACACCAAACCUUCUUCGCCAACAUAUCAAAACACGAGCAGCCUCCACAGAGAGAAGAUAUCCGACAUACCGGUACAGAAGUACAGCACGACUCAGAGCAGUUACAGCACGCACAGCACGCACUCGCCGUCGUACGCGCCGCCGGCAGGGUACGGCAGGGCCGGCAGGGGAAACCUGACGGAACUCGACACGCUGCUCGACGAUCUGAGUAAUGCUCGCUACGGGAAUUACGGGGAGAAGACUUCGUACACGGAGAGAACGGUGACCGAUGGAUACUCUCGCACCAACGGCGCCGCGAGUCCGGCCUCAGCUAGACCGACGGUGGACUCGCUGCUCGACCAACUCAGCACCGACAUUCCUAAUGGUCGUCAAUCAACAUCGCCGAUCCCGCCACCGUCGACAGGCGGUACUCUACCCCGCCCUGGCACCAAGCAGGUGACGGUGACCGUCCAGGAGACGGUGGUGGAGCCGGCGCAGGCUCAGCAGCAGCCGCCGCCGACGGUCGCGGUGGUACGCCACCAUCACCACGCCUCCAGCGCCACCAAAGAGCUGGAUGAUUUGAUGGCGUCGCUCUCUGAUUUUAAGGUCAGUGGCACAGGCGGCGAAGGCGAGACCUACGUGCAUCGCGAGAAGCGUGCCUGGCAGGAACACUACCGCAGCAACCCGCGCCAACCAGAAUCCGCCUCUCUGGAGCAUAUGCUCGGAUCUCUUCGGGCAGACAUGAGCCGUCAAGGAGUACAGACCCCCCAGAAGGGAUGCUGCAACGCGUGCGAGAAGCCCAUCGUCGGACAGGUGAUCACCGCGUUGGGUCGCACAUGGCACCCUGAGCACUUCACCUGCGCCCACUGCAACCAGGAGCUCGGCACCAGGAACUUCUUCGAGCGCGACGGCAGGCCGUACUGCGAGCCGGACUACCACAACCUGUUCUCGCCGCGAUGCGCCUACUGCAACGGCCCGAUCCUCGACAAAUGCGUGACAGCGUUGGAGAAGACGUGGCAUACAGAGCACUUCUUCUGUGCGCAAUGUGGGCAGCAGUUUGGUGAGGAUGGGUUCCACGAGAGGGACGGCAAGCCGUACUGCCGCGCCGACUACUUCGACAUGUUCGCGCCCAAGUGCGGCGGCUGCAACAAACCCAUCAUGGAGAACUACAUAUCCGCGCUCAAUACACAGUGGCAUCCAGAUUGCUUCGUCUGCAAGGAAUGCCGCGAACCAUUCCACGGUGGCUCGUUCUUCGAGCAUGAAGGUCAGCCGUACUGUGAGACCCACUACCACGGCAAGCGUGGCUCCCUCUGUGCCGGCUGCCACAAACCCAUCGCCGGACGCUGCAUCACCGCCAUGUUCAGGAAGUUCCAUCCGGAGCACUUCGUCUGCGCGUUCUGCCUUCGACAACUCAAUAAAGGAACGUUCAAAGAGCAAAACGACAAGCCGUACUGUCAUACAUGCUUUGAUAAAUUGUUCGGAUAAAAUGGCGGCGGCAAGAUGACGGACAAGAUGGCGAACGUCACGUGAUUGCAGUUUAUGGACUUUGAGAUGUUAAUUACUUGAUCGUUUAGGCUCAAAAUUUUAAGGUGUUUAUCGAUUAUUGAAGUCGAUAAAAGACUACCGAAAAUAAAUAUAAUCGAGUUCAUGCAACGCCAGUUGUCCCAUUUCCCAUUAUCGAGUAUCGAUAUUUGAAGGACACAGCGUUACUUCCUAUAAAACAUUUGCGGAUAACUCAAUGUGUUCACUUAUCCACCUUUAAUAAUGACAGACAUAUUUUAUCAACACCAGAACGUGAUAAAGCACUCGAAAAUAUUUCGACAUGUCAAUUCGACAUAUAUUUGUCGAUAAACAGGCGUAAUUACCGAACAUCGCGAACGAAGUCUGACAGCUAACUCCACCUGUAAACACUUCCAUUUGUAAUGUUUUAUUUAAAUCGAUCAUAAGUAAUUUGUACGCGAUAUUGUCUCUGAGUCAUGUAGCCACUGUGAUUAAUAUUUAAAAUUUAACCGCCAAUUAAGGCUACAUUCGCAACGUUACUCGCAUUGACCGAAUGAGGGAACGAGAAGAACGAAUGAUAAAGUACGUGGUACGGACAGCUUCGAAAAAAUCUAGUUUUAAACGUAGAAUGUAGUGCAUGUGAUUACUAAUUAUAUGAUAUUUACACUAAAUUAGAUAGAUUAAUGUUUCUCUUGAAAAUUAUCGCUAGGGGUGUCACACACGUUGUUAAUAUUUUAGGCUUAAGCGAAAUAUAUUAAUUGUCCGAUGGUGGAGAAAUUUUGGAAAUUUUACGAAGAAUGAUAAGGGUAUGUUGUAUGUAGACGGAGCUAGCGCCAUCUAGUAGCAUACUAAACAAUAAAGUUGGUUCUGAGAUGGAUUUUACGAAUUAAUGUUCAUAGUUGGUACAUGCAGGCUAUCUACAUUUAGCUGAAGUUAUUUUAUGCAGACAUAUUGCUGGCUCACUAUUACAAGGUUCUAUAUUAUAUUUUUUACAUAAAUUGAAUAAUAUGGAUAUCAUAAAAUUAUAUGGAUUUUGUUUUUUGUAAAAGCAAUCAAUAAUCCUGAAUAAGAAAUAAAAGGGACCCAUUAAUUAAUGUCUUCUAAUUUUUGCCAACAUGAAAUUAUAAAUCACAUUAUUCAACAUCAAUAAAAAAUAACGUGUUGUUCCUGGAAUCUGUAUCUUAGAUCUUGUGAUGGUGAGCCGGCGAUAUGUUGCACUCAUAUGUCGACUAGGUGACCAACCAUACUGGUGAGAAACUCGCUACUAUGGUUCGUUCUGAACAAUCGCAUUUUGAUUAGUCUAAUGCUGCCACGAUAUACAAAUGCAAAUAUUACUCUAAUCUAUAAUAAUUUAAUCCGCAUAGUAUUCGGUAUACUAUUAGACCGAGAUUUUUAUGUAAAAUAUACGGUUUAAAUGAAUUAAAACUGUAUCAACUACGUAGUCUCUUUGCUAUCGAUAUGUAGUUCUUAUACUAGUUUAACUAACAAGUUCUUGCAGCAAUAUAUUGCCUAAGAACUUCCAGAUUUGUUUAUACUAGAGGAUAUAUUUCAAGUUCUAUACACGUGAGACUUUCCGCAAAUAUUGCAAACUUGAUAAUAAAAAAAUUGCGGAAUUCGGUUCAUGCAAGUUUUAUUGCAUUAUACUGCAAUAAAAAGUAGACAACUUGCAGCCAAAACGGAUAGCCUGCACAGACCCUCACGGAACCAUAUGUAUUAAAUAAUUAAAAUCCAAAAAGAUCUAAAUAAACUAAGGCCUUAAAGACUCAAAUGUAUCGUAAGUUCUAGAACGUUCUAUACCCCUGCAUCGCUAGCUCAUACUUGCAUUUUUAUUUAUACCAUACGUCAGUGGCGAAGAGUCCACAUAACCCGAUUCCCUUAAUUUAUGUAAAAUUAUUAAAUUUCUACACACCGUCAUCAUCAUGUCAGCCGGGAAUCGUCCACUGCUGGACAUAGGCCUGCCCCAUUGAGCGCCACAGGGACCGGCUCUGAGCCGUCCUCCAUCCAUCGGACUCCGGCGACCCUCGCCAGAUCGUCGGUCCAUCUUGGGGACCUGCCUACGCUGCGUCUCCCGGUUCGUUUUCCGUCUGCAAACCGUUUUUAUACAUAUAUAUUUUUUAUGCUUUUUUUUAAUAUGUCUUGUGUAUCCUUCGUUAAAGGUCCAUAAAUAAAUAAAUAUAUGUUGUAUCGGCCCUUCGCCACUGGUAUAAGCUUGAACAACGUGAAUAGUUGAACUUUAUCUUCCAUUAGAGUAAACGCUGUACAGUCAUCGCUAUUGUUAUGUACCGUUUAUAUUUUUAUUACAAUUUGUGUUAUCGCUUUAAGUGCCAAACGUUAUAGCAGCCGAUCACGAACGAGUUUUACAAAUAAAUAAACUCAUAAAUUUACUGUUAUAUUAAUUAUGGGAAUUAGUUAAGUGUACUCAACAUUUCCUGUUAUUUAUUAUGAAUUGAUACUGGCAAUAUUCAUCAUCAUCAGACACAUAAAGUCCAGUGCUAAACAUAGGCCUCUCCCAGAUUUUCAAACGGACCGACGGACGGAUAUACCUGCCUAUAAUAAUAAUAUAAGCAAUAUUUGAUUUAAAGUAAUUAUUAGGCAAUUUAAAAAAAAUGGUCACACUGUAUCGACCUCAUGUUAUGCAAGUGUGUGUAAAGUUUUAUAAAAUCAGUUCUGAAAAUACUCAAACCUGAAGCCGAUUACCUGAACAUUUUCAGUUCGACGCAGCGCAGUUAAAAUUCGUGUCUAAACAUUAUAAAUAUCACAUCUGGCAAUUUUUUAAAGAACUAAAAACAAGUGAAGUUAAAAAAACAAAAUAAAUAAAAUCAUUAUAAAAUGUGUUUAUAACAUUGCAUAAGUUACAUGAAGGUAUUUUAAAGAUUGAUAUCUAUGAUAAAAUACUUAUUGUUUUUACAUAAUAGUUGAAUUCUUUUAAAUUACUCGUGGGACAAAUUGCCCGAGACUCGCCGAGCUUCCCCCUCGGUGUCCUAAAUGCGUGCCUUUGAUCCUGGCUUACAGGAGUUGUAGUGGGAGGUGUGAGGACAGUAAAGUCUCUUAGUAUUAUGUGACCUAGUUAUACAACGCACUACACGAUUGACGCCAACAUGUUGCACGCAACAUUAACCGAUGUUGCGCAACGUUUACAUCAUAUUGCCAACACCGCGUUUUUAUGCGCAGUUAACACGUACAGCGCAUAUAGUAAUAACGGAGAAAUAAUUUUCCUGUUGGCUAAGACGUUUUUUCCAGUUAUAUAUAGAUAGAUAGAUAAUUCUUUAUUGAACACCACAUAAAUAAAAGAAAAAAAUAAAACCUAUAAACAAAAUAACUAUAACAACUGCAACAAUAGGCGGUCUUAUGGCUAAGAGCGAUCUCUUCCAGACAACCAGAAACGAAGUAUAUAUACUUCGUUUUUUGAAUUGGUUUCCUCUACGUAGUGGUAUCUGAGUGUUCGUGAUCGGCCGCCCAUUUAUAUUAUCAGUUGUACUAGUUAACAUUGUGUAUGGGUCGCUUUAUCGUGAGAUAAGACCGUAAACGCAUGCACGUCUAAA